AUGGUCAUAUCUACUGUAGAUCUUGACCAUCACAAGCGUUCAUUCAUCCCAUGCCUCGUGGGACCGUUCCUAGAAGUAUCGUUCCUUCGAGAUGAAGAAGUACGGAACACUACCAUACCGAUAUUCUUCGAUAUGAUGCAGACGGAGUACAGUCACAGUGUGUUAAAUGGGGAUGCAAACGAAAGCCCACUAAAAGAACUAGAAAGCGAAAUGAUAGACAAAGUAGACGUGUUAGUUGAGAAGGGGUACGGGGAUUCAAUAUGGCGGGCUCGCUUUGUAUCGCUUUGCGGAGCUCUAUGCGGGGCGGCUAGUGGUCCAUUAAGGGUCGCUGCGGCCGCUCUAGUAGCCGCGGCGGCCAGGCAACUAGAUGCUUUACUGCAAUACCGAGCCGCCGCCAGACGAUCUGCUACCCCGCAUAGAAUGCAUCUAACUACGUGUGUCCUACACUUCUAUCAACAAAUUGAGAGGCCUCAUAUGUAUAUACGAUUAACCAACUAUGAAUACCUAUACCUCGUGAUAGCUGACCUCCUAAACCGGGGUCGACAAUGGGAGCUAGCGGUGGAAAUAGUGAAAGAAUUAGUAUCAGUAUACGAAGAAGAAGCUUUAGGCUACGGGCCCCUUGCGGAUCUCCAUACUCAGUUAGCGAGCAUGUAUGACGCCAUGUUGAGGACGCCAAGGUCACAUCCAGGGUACUUUAGGGUUGUGUAUCAUGGAAAAGGAUUCCCUGAACUAUUGAGGACUCCUUAUGGCUACAUAUACCGUGGCAAUGAAUAUGAACAACUACAAGAGUUCAAAGACCGACUCCUAGACGAAUGGCCUGAUGCAGAAGUGUUACCGAAAUUGGAUCCACCCGGACCCGAGAUCACGGAAUCUGAUGGACAAUAUUUACAAAUAAACGCGGUAGAUCCAGUAAUGGGUGACAAAUUGAAGCGUCUCUCUGGCAAGCCGAUAGCUGAACAAAUACUCCAGUACUACAAACACAACAAUGUUGACAAGUUUGAAUUCUCACGACCUUUUUAUAGAGCAGAAGAAUCACUGGACGGCUCAACGGACGAUUUAUCAAAUCAAAACGAAUUCGCCACUCGAUGGUUGGAGCGUACGGAAUUAGAAAUUAGUGAGAAAUUGCCAGGCAUUCUCCGCUGGUUCCCAGUACGUUCGCAGCGUACAUACGAGGUGUCCCCGCUGACGGCCGCAGUGGAGGCGCUGAAGGACUCCAAUAGAAGACUGAAGUCACUCAUCAUUGAAGCCAGGGCACCUGACGCGCCGCUACAUCCACUUACUAUGAGGCUUAUAGGUAUCCUAGACCCAGCAGUACAAGGCGGUAUAGUGAACUACGAGCGAGCGUUCCUGACGCCGGCGUACGAAGCGAGGCAUCCUGACCAUGCACCUCUACUCACUGAGCUAAAAGACUUGAUCGCUGAUCAGAUACCGCUGUUGAAGUUUGGUUUGGACGUGCACGGGUCCCGUGUGUCUGCGGACAUGGAAGAGAUGCAGGCGCAUCUGUUGAAAUGUUUCAGAAGGGUACAGCAACACGUACACCAGCGAUACGGACGGAAGAACUGCGACAUCGAGGUCGACUCGGCUGAGGUACAGCUUCGUAUGCCGUUCCGCGACAGUUUCAGUAUGGAAUCCAGCAACAACUCUAACAACAGGAUGUCCGAUAUAUCUACUGGAACUGAAACGUCGACGAAAGGGAGGUUCUUCAGUUUCAACGCUGCUAUAAAUCCCUUGUCAAGAAACAGUAGUACAGGCGUCGUGAGUCGCUUCGCAACGCUGCAGAGUUCACCGGGUAGAAGAAAUAAAAGGAAUCUGAGAAAGAGCGAAGUCGGCACCCAAGCUAGCGGAUCCCAGUGGUACACCUCCCACGCGACUCCAAACGGCUCCUUGAACAACAGCACAUCGACUGUCAACAACACGUCGAUCAACAACAACAACAGUAUCUCAAGCAUCAACACACAGACAGACACGCCGUCCGCGUCACCUUUACGAGAACUGAGGCAAGAGGUGAGAAAAGUUCCCAAGCUGGUGACCGAGCGCCCGCUCCGUGCUGAAGUCGAGCGCGAACGAAGACUGUCCCAACGAACUAGCCUCAUCACUUCCUCUGCCCCACCCUCGAACCGAGACUCAGUGGGAACUACAGAUUCCAACCAAGAAGAAGAAGAACCCCCUCCAUUACCAAAGAAGUACGCCCACCGAAGCAUGGACCUCGACAGCGAUACCAACAACAACGGGGAGUCGAACCCCCUCCCUCCUAGACACAACUAUGACACAGUUUGGGCGCCGCGAGGAUCAUUCUUGUACAACUCUAUAGCUCAUAGAAGGAAUACGACUAAUGAUAAAGCGCCUACACCACCUCCGAAAAAGCGUAACGCCCAAUAAUUAUUUAAAGAAAUUUGUACUCUAUUUUCAUGCAUAUAUAUAAAGCUCCUAUAAGCCUAACUUGUACCAGUGUAGGCCCUGUAAGGAUUGUUCUUACACAUAGAAGAAAUAUGAAUAAUGAUAAAGCGCAUACACCUCAGUAAUAGCGACGCACAAUAAUGGUUAACUAAAUUUUUACUCUAAAUCCAUGUACAUAAAACUGGAUAUACUUUGGCUUAAACAGUGAUUGCGCAAUUUCGUCGUUAACUUCAACGUGCUAAAGGAAUUUAUACUCUAUUUCAAUACGUAUAAAGCUUUGAGUCUUCUGUAUUGAAGAUUAGGUGUUAAAGAACUUUAAACUUAAUUUGUAUAGCUUUGAAUACUCGAUAUUGAGGUAUCAAUGAUUCUUCAAAGAACUACUUGAAUAGACAAUAUGAAUUUAAAGACAUCCUAGAUAAGGUCUCAUUUUGUGGAAAACAUAAUUGCUUAAAAGAUCUCUUCUCAUACAGAGAAGGAAUCAGCAUGUUAAUGCUUAGUUAGCUAUAUUUAAGCGAAAUUAUUUAUUAAAAACCAGUGAAUUAUGAUAUUAAAAAAUUCAGCCAUUUUAAUCAAAAAGUAAAGCUAAAAAUCCACCGAUUUGUUUUUUUUUUAAAUUAUGUUUUUAUGAUGUUAUAUAAGAUUUUAAUUUACAAGUUAUGGAAUGAAUUUUAUUAUUGUUUUGUUUUAUUGGCGAGAAACUGUUUUAUAGGUGGAUUAAUUGUUGUAUGUACAUCAUUUCUUUAUUGGUACAUUAAUUGAACAGUUAAUUACAGUUACAAUAGGCCGGUAAACGAGCAGAUGGAUCACCUGAUGGUAAGCAAUCGCCGCCGCCCUUGAACACCCGGAACACUAA